AUGGACUUGCCCUCCGUUACGACCUCUGUCGAUGGCACCAUACCAAUCGAAGCACUCCUCUUUCAAGGCGAAGAUCUGUUGGCGUCUCAGGAUGGCGUUGGGCUGUAUGUAGGAAACGACAAAUUGCCGAGUCACCAGUGUGGAACGAGCCAUCUUUCCAGUCAUCGUCUGUUCUACAUCGACAGUCCUCAUCCCACACGACGCUCAUUCUCUCUAAAUCUUUCCCUCGUCAAAAAGACAGAAUAUUACGCGGGAUUAUUCACGAGCAGUCCCAAAGCCUCAUUAUUUCUCUCAUCGGACUCAUCUGACGAUCUUUCACCGUGGACAUGCUCCCUAUGUGGUUUUCGAAAUCCCCCAGGCUUUUCUGCAGUUUGUGGGCUCUGUGGCGUUCCGGUUCCUACUCCCGUUCAAAAUCUGGUUCCAAAGUCCCGUUCUAGUAAUGCAUGUACAAUGUGCACCUUUAUCAACCAUCCCUCGCUCGCGACGUGCGAAAUGUGCGAUAGUCCGUUGAAAAGGGACGGGGAUGGCCCAUCGACAACAUCUUCUCUUCUCAUAAAGCUCUCUUUCCGUCGUGGAGGAGACAAGACUUUCUAUGCCGAUCUAAAACGCGCUCUGAUGACAAAAGCCUGGCAGUCGUUAAUGACUCCGCACUUAGAACCGCCCCAAGCGUCACUCGGAACCUCCUCUGGCAUAUCCCACAUCCUCUCUCUCAAUCAAUCCUCCCAAUCUACUUCCAACGUUUCUCUCUCUCUCGCCCUCCAGGACCUCCAAGCACUCAUGGUCAAAGCUAAACACAUGGUGAAUCUUGCAGACGACCUGUCAUCCCGUCUCUCUGCUGUAGAGUCUACUACCAACAAUAACGGCGACUUCCCGGAAGGCACGUCUUCCCUCCUCUCAGACAUUUCCAACCUCGCGAUAUCUAAACCUCCCUCUCUGGAAUCGACACCCAUAACCCUUGAAAUGAUCAAAAACAGGGACGAAGCUCGUUGGCUCAAAGAGCUCGCAGUAGAAUUAUCCUCUGUUCUUCAUGGUAUCCAAGUCAAAAAAUCAGACAGUGACACAUCGAAUCCAGACCUCCUUCCCCUCGACAGGCUAUGGGUAUCCUGGAAUCGCGCGCGCGGCGUUUCUCUGAUCCCACCCUCAACCUUCCUCGACGUCCUCCCACAUUUAGAAUCAAUAACGAAUAUGCGGAUCCGCAUAAUCGGACAGUCGUCCAUCAAAGUCCUCUACACUCCCCACUUCUCCCUCCCAUCCAUCUCCCAACGUAUAUCCCAAAUCCUUCCUCAACCACUUACACCCACCUCCUUUGGCACAUCCGAACGGAUCACAAUUUCGCUUUCACAACUCCUACUCUCUGAAGUAGAGAUGUCAGAUGGUACACCGAUAUGUAGAGACGAUUGGGAGUCUGCGAUACACGUUGGAGUUGGAGGUGGGGUUUUAGAAACGAAAUAUUACCCUAACGUGUUCGUUGACUAUGUUUGGGAUGGCCAUUCGGAGUGA